AAAAUAAUUGUGGCAAGGCGAAAGGAAUCGCAGGCUGAAAUGAGAAUGAAGAUUUUGCAGUUGUGUUCUCCCAUGGCUUCCCCGUGGACAUGCAGAGCUCCUCUGCAGGUUGAACUGUGCAAGUUCUGGAUUUUGAGAAAAAGGAGAGGUAGCAGUAAUUUGCAGGUGCAGUGCUCCGGCAGACCCCCGAGAGCCCCUCCUGGAGUUGACACCAGAAUCCACUGGGACAACGAGGAUGAAGGGUGGAUUGGAGGCGGAGAUAGAGAUAAAGACACCAAAUCCAGCAACAUGUUCGCCGACGGUGAUGACUUGUCAGAUUUGCUCCUCACUUCUUUAGGCUCUCAUUACGAAUUCUUAGGAGUAUCACCCAAUGCGGAUAUAGAAGAAAUCAAAGUUGCUUAUAGGAAACUAUCGAAGGAGUAUCAUCCUGACACAACCUCCCUCCCUCUGAAAAGUGCGUCGGAAAAAUUCAUGAAACUGAGAGAGGUUUACAACGUUCUGAGCGAUGAAGAGAGUCGAAAAUUUUAUGAUUGGAGCCUUGCUCAAGAGGCUGCAAGCCGACAUGCAGAGAAGAUGAGAAUGAAAUUAGAGGAUCCUCGGGAGCAACAACUCAGGAACUGGGAACCUGUUCCCGACAUGGUCGAUCGCCUCGGUGGAAGGAAUAUGAAGCUCAGUGAUCAGGCAGUCUCUGCCAUCACUAUUGAUGUUUUUAUCAUUAUUUUUUCCAUAUGCUGUAUCAUUUACGUAAUCUUCUUUAGAGAACCAUAUUACUACUAGCUUAGCCAUAACCCUACACAAUCAAAUAUAUUACAGCAUUUCUUUUCUGCACCAACUUCUCUUAUUCUAUCACUCACCUGUCAAUUUCCAAUAUAACUUACCUCACCUCAUCAUCCACUAA